AUGGAAGACCCCGGCAUUCAAGAAUCAGCUUCCGCUGGUCACCUUGUUACCGCCCAUGCCCAGACAUCCCCCGCAAAGCCUCGCAAUGCUAACAUGCUUUAUGCAUUUGCUAGCAAGUCACAACAACGGGGUGAACGUAAGACUACGGCUACUGUGGAAAGCCGGAAAUCGACUGCUGCCAGCCCGGCUUCAGUCGCGGUUUCGAGAACUCAUCCAGUCCGUGGUCGUGAUGAGCAGGUUUCUGGCUUCUCGGGCGAGAAAGUCGGCGGCUAUCAGCCAGCUCCGACGUUGCUUCCACAGUUCAUGGCGCCUUUGCGCUCGCAACUCUGA